CUCUUCCCUCCCUCUCCAUUUGCUCUGUUCCACUCGUAACCACACUCGCAAACAGCACUUCUUCAACCAUGUUCAGCGGCGGAGCGUGUAGCCUCCGAACCUGUUGCCUCCGCCCUCUGCGUUCCCCAAUCGAGCCUCUUCGUCGGAGUACUCGGUCGCGCUUGGCUUGCCGCCGGCGGUUCUCCGCCACGGCCUGCUCCGUCCCCAGUUCGGAGGCUAAACAGAAGGUCAUCGUGAUCUCCGGGCCCACCGGAGCUGGUAAGAGCAGGCUGGCGCUGGAGCUCGCCAAGCGGCUCAACGGCGAGAUCAUCAGCGCCGACUCCGUACAGGUCUAUCGAGGUCUUGAUGUUGGAUCUGCAAAGCCUUCCCUGAGGGACAGAAAGGAGGUGCAACAUCAUCUAGUUGACAUAUUACAUCCGUCUGAAGAUUAUUCUGUCGGCCAAUUUUUCGAGGAUGCAAGGCAAGCUACUACAGAUAUUCUCGACAGUGGUCGUGUUCCUAUAGUUAGUGGAGGAACUGGUCUGUAUUUGCGAUGGUAUAUGUACGGGAAGCCAGAUGUUCCGAAAGCCUCGCCAGAAAUAUCAUCCGAAGUCUACUCAGAGCUUGCAGACUUGCAGAAAAAUGGUGAUUGGAAUGCAGCUGUGCAGUUGGUGGUCAAAGCUGGAGACCCAAAGGCCCGGCACUUGGCUGCAAAUGAUUGGUACCGCCUCAGGCGUAGUCUUGAAAUAAUUAAGUCCAGCGGAGCACCUCCAUCCGCUUUUCAGAUACCUUAUGACUCACACAAGGAGAAGUUCCAAUCCAACAUGAGUGACGGAAGUCAAGAAGUCAAGUCUUCUGUUACGUUUGAGGAGAUUACAUCGAAGGAUUUGGAUUACGAUUUUAUUUGCUUUUUCCUCUCAAGUCCAAGAGUUGAUCUGUAUAGAUCGCUAGAUCUCCGAUGUGAAGAUAUGCUUUUAGCAGGGAAUGACGGAAUUUUGGCGGAAGCUCGAUGGCUUCUCGACGAGGGUCUUCUCCCAAAUUCAAACUCUGCAACUCGAGCUAUUGGUUACAGACAAGCAAUGGAGUACCUGAUGUGGUGUAGGCAACAUGAAGGAGGGACUUCUGCACGGGAUUUCUUAGCUUUCUUGUCAGAGUUUCAGAAAGCAUCCAGAAAUUUUGCAAAAAGGCAGAUGACAUGGUUCCGGAAUGAGCAUAUUUAUCACUGGCUUGAUGCUUCUAAAUCGUUGGUAUUUUGGCUUUUUCAGAUGUCUGCUCUUCAGGAAAAGGUUCUCAACUUCAUUUGUCAUGCGUACCAUGACCAAACUGGAGAGCUUAAUGUACCUGAGUCACUUAGAAUGAAGAAAGAAAUCUCGGGCCGCCGAGAAGAUGCCGAACUUAAGGCAUACCAUACCAAAAACAGGCAUUUCGUUUCUCGCGAAGAUUGUUCAGAUAUUCUAGAUUGGAUCAGGAGAACCCAGGGAUCAACAGAAAGAACUUAUUCAUUCUCCUGAGUGAACCUCCUUUGGUCGUCAUGACCUCACAGAACUCAGAUACAUGGUGACCAUUCUUCACUGACCUUCAGGAGGUGCAUUAUUUGUGCUGUUGCUUUUUACCAAUAUCUUUGUUUCCUCAUGAUAUUGGAUUUACCAUAAUAUGCUUGCUGAUUCACGCCGCAGCAAAGGAUGCAAAUCUGUUUUUUAAGUAUCACUUGAAGAAUCUUAACUGAGAGUCAAAGCAAAUGUAGAUCUUUCUCCAAGAGAGCCAAUGUUCCAGGAAAAAGACCAUUUACAGAAUCAUUCGACCAGCUUGCUUAUAUAUUGAAAGGUCUUUCCUGUCCUUCUGUCCAUUUCCUUGAUCAUCUGGUCAGGUGUGCGAGUGGGGUAAGGUGUAUUGCCCCAACCUCUCUCCUUGGUUUGGACGUCGACAGGGAAACGAGCGUCAUCGUCUACCACACAUGCUAGAGAUUAAGUCUGUGGGUAUGUGAGUACCUUUUCCCUCCAACAUGGGUUCGUUCUGAGCAGCAGAUUCAUCGACAUUGGCUCAUCUGCAUUGGCCUCUACUGUUGCAAUUAAUUGGACUUUCCUAUUGUCACCUUAUGUUGGAGUCAUUCGUUUGGCUUCUCUUCCCAAUCUUGUAACAUUAAUUGCUUUCGGAAUGAAAUCUUGUACUUCUAAA